UCCACGUCCACCACACUCCUUACACCACCGAAAACACCAUGGGCAAGCCAGAACCCAUCGAGCUGCGUCCUCUCGGCGGCAACGCGCACGCCGGCGCCUCGACCACCUCCCUCCCGCCCCCCUAUCGCGAGCCGGCGCCUGGGUCCCUCGGGUCGGGGUACCGCGCCGCCGAGGACCGGGCCAAGGCUGCCGUCCGGCCGGGCGAGGGGGCGAUGGACUCUGCGAGCGUGUAUGGGCUGUUUGCGGCCGGGUGGUUCGCAACGUGCGCCCUCCCCCUCCUCACGAUGCCCCGCCUCGUCCUCUUCCUCGCCGGCCCGUCGUCGGCCCCGACCCCGCUCAACCCCUCCUCGCUUCAGGCUCCCUUGGCCAACAACCCAGUCAGCUCGGGCCCCAUCCCGUCCUACGACCGCGGGCACUACGACAGCCUGACGCACCUCGAGAACUUUGCGCUGCGCCUCCUCGGCCUCGGGCUUGUCGCGCUCGCGCUCGUGAGCCUCUUCGUCGUCGUGCCCGCGUAUGCGCCUGGCGUGGCGCCCGGAAGGCAGAGCACCAUCGUCGUCUGGGCCAUCCUCGGCAGCGUCGCGUCCGUCGUGGCGUGGAACGCGCCCCUCGGCGCCCUGGCCACCCUCACGGCCUUUGGCAACGCCGUCCUCUCGGGCUGGGGAUGGUGGGCCGUCUUUUUUGGAAACGACGACCGCAAGUUUAAAAAGUACCUCAAACCAAACUCGCGCCUCAAGCGUCUGUAGCGGUGCAAAUGCGCACAGUCCCAUCCUACAUCCUACACACUGUAUCCACCUGUCCGUCCGGUCCUCGUCGCUUCCCCCAG